CACAAUCACGCGCGCGUCUCUCUCUCGCUCGCUCUCUCUCUCUCUCUCGCUCGCUCGCUCAUCAUUGCUUGCCGUGGAGCCUUUCGGCCACCAUGGGGAGUUUAAGUUGAAGGGGAGGGAGGGGUCCAAAGACGUCGUCUUCAUUUCUUGUUUCUUUUCCCCCAACAUUGACGCCAAUGAAGUCUUCCUUAUGCCGCCUUGCGGAGAACGCACUCGGUGGCAGUCUCCCCAAUGCGGUACGACACGGGGAACAGCCUCUCAGAGACGGGUGAAUCGUUUGUCCACAAAAUCAUCGCUGCCGGGGCGAGCGUGACCUCUGGCGCCGUGCGCAACCACAGACAUGAGCGUCGUCAGGGACUUGCACGGGAUCGGCUUCAGAGGAGGCGGGGUGCUGGCCCAUUUCACGGAGGAUGCGCCGCGGCCGCCGGUCCCCGGCGAGGAGGGCUCUGACGUGGAGGCGCCGGCCCAGUCGGCGCCGGCCCAAACGCCCGGCUUUCCUCUCCCGCCGUCGGCCAAGACGGCCGACUCGUCCUCGUCCUCGGCGACGCCCCGCCGUCCCGACCUGGACCUGGGCUACGAACCGGAGGGCUCGGCCUCGCCCACGCCGCCCUACCUGAAGUGGGCCGAGUCGCUGCACUCGCUGCUGGACGACCAGGAAGGCAUCCAGCUCUUCCGCAACUUUCUGUGCCAGGAAAGCUGCGCCGACCUGCUGGACUUCUGGUUCGCCUGCUCCGGGUUCCGCAAGACCAGCCCGGAGAAGCGGGCCAAGCUGGCCAAGGCCAUCUACAGGAAGUACAUCGUGGACGGCGCCGCCAUCGUCUCCCGGCAGAUCAAGCCGGCCACCAAGAGCUUCAUUCGAGACUGCGUGGGGAAGCCGCAUCCCGACCCCGCCAUGUUUGAACAGGCCCAGACGGAGAUCCAGGCCGCCAUGGAAGAGAACACCUACCCUCUGUUCCUCAAGUCGGACCUGUACUUGGAGUACACGCGCACGGGCGGCGAGAGCCCCAAGCUCAACCCCGGCGAGCGGAGCCCGUCGUCAGAGCCCGCCAAGCCCGCGCCCGGCUGCCUGCCCACCCUGGCGGAAGACGAGGAGUGGAGAUGCGGGCAGAGGGAAGCGGAGCGAGACAAAGACCAGUGCGGGGGGGAGGACACGCCGGCGGGAAGGCUGACCCACAGCCUGCUCAUGCAGAGCGCUCCGCACAGGACCUCCACCGGCAGGCGGCGGCAAGACCCCAGCGAGUACAGACCCUGGAGAGAGCCGGUGAACCCGUACUACGCCAACAUGGGUUACGCCCGCGCCCCCGCCACCAGCGCCAACGACAGCGAGCAGCAGAGCAUGUCGAGCGAUGCCGACACCAUGUCGCUGACCGACAGCAGCGUAGAUGGCGUUCCUCCGUACCGAUAUCGCAAGCAGCAUCGCAAGGAGAUGCAUGAAAGUGCCAAAGCUAACGGACGUGUGCCCCUACCUCAUAUACCCCGCACGUAUCGCAUGCCAAAGGACAUCCACGUCGAGCCCGAAAGGUUUGCGGCCGAGCUCAUCCGGAGGCUGGACGUGGUUCUCCGGGAGCGGGAGGCCGAGGAGCGACUGGAAGAGAGGCUGAAGCGAGUGCGACUGGAAGAAGAAGGCGACGACGACAACGCCGCCGACGUGGGCACCUCCGUGCCGUCGCACGGCAUUUUGCUCCCGCUCCCUUCGUCCUUUCCGCCCCUCUACGGCGCCCACUACUCUGAGAACGCGACGGCGUCUGUCGCCGCCUACGGCGGCCUGGCCUCCAUGGGGGAUGCGCACGACGACGACGACCCGGAGUCCAUCUUGGACGAGCACGUGCAGCGGGUCAUGAAGACGCCGGGCUGCCAGUCGCCCGGCGCCACCAACGCGGCCUCGGGAGGCCGACACACGCCGCCCAAAUCGUCACGGUCGCCCGACGGGGGCAUCGGCCCGCCGCACCGGGCGGGGGGGCACGGGCUGCCUGCCGCCGGGGUCAAAGGUGCGCAUCAUCACAAGCCGCUGUACCAUCACCGAGCACGAGAAGGCCCGGAAGAGACAGCGGGCUCCCGGUCGCAACCCAACUUCCCUUGGACCGGCGAGCCGGCCCUCCAGUACGCCGCCCGCAGCCGCAACUACGCCGACGGCGCCGGAGCCAGCACCCUGGACGCAAUGGGCUACAACAGUAAAGGAAGCACGCUGUCGAGGCGAGGCAAGAAGCCGUCGGACGCCUCGGGCAAAGUCGACGACGGCCGCGGGAUGGACGCGCAGGUGCCGCUGGAGGACCUGGAGAGGAACCAGAAGAUCCUCCAGUGGAUGAUGGAGGGCGACAGGCAGAGAAAAAGCUCCCACGGCGGCAGCGCCGGCAGCUCCCGGCGGACGGGGGGCAGCGGCGAGUCGCCGCGCCCCGCCUCGGUGGAGCGCCCCGGGGCCGUCCACCCCUGGGUGUCGGCCCAGCUGCGCAACAACCCCUCCUCGCCCUCGGCGGCCCAGGCGCAGCCCUCCCACCCCUUCGUCCAGGACCCCGCCAUGCCGCCCAACUCGGCGCCCAACCCGCUCACGCAGCUGGAGGAGGCCCGGCGGCGACUGGAGGAGGAGAGGCGGAGGGCGGCCGUGCAGCAAGCCAAGCUCAGGCACAAGUCUGGCAAGCGGCAAGUGUGCGACAACAUGACGGUGGCCUACUACUUCUGCGGAGAGCCCAUCCCGUACCGGACCUCCGUCAAGGGCCGGGUGGUGACCUUGGGCCAGUUCAAGGAGCUGCUCACCAAAAAGGGCCACUACAGGUUUUACUUCAAGAAGGUGAGCGACGAGUUCGAUUGCGGCGUGGUGUUUGAGGAGGUGCGCGACGAAGAAGCCAUCCUGCCCAUCUUCGAGGAGAAGAUCAUCGGCAAGGUGGAGAAGGUGGACUGAAAAGUCGGGCGGGAAAAUACCACGGCAGGUGAAGCGGCAUGUGGAGAUAGAAGGAUGGACAAAGUGAAGUUUUGUCACCUUUGUCUAAAAUGGCCGCCGCCCUGGACAAAUUGGCAGCGGAUGAUGUCGUCUCGCGGACCGUCACUAACCAUGCUGCUACUUCAACACGGAAAUACCUUCGACCCUUGAACCUGCAGCUCGAUUCUCGGCGGAACCGAGGGAAGGAAGUACGCAAGUCAUGCGGGACGUCGCCCGGCCCGAGGCGGGCCGGCUGGCCGGCGGGCGGUCAAGUUCUCCACACAACCAAAGCUACGUUUUUUGUUUUUUUUUGUUGCGUUGUGUUCAAAUUGAUCUAUGAAUUGUGUAUGUACAAGGUAUGGUACUAUUCGUGCAGCCUAGUUUGGACAUAUCUCCUUGCGUUAAUGCCCCCAAAUUGUCGCA